AUGUCGGACUUCAACCCCUCCCAGGCGAUCACCGACGCCGUAAAUGACUACUUCAGCAACCUCUACGCCUUGCUCGAGCUUCUCUUCAACCGCUUUCGCACGAACCUCUAUAACUCCUUUGCCCAAGUCUCCGCCUACCGCUGGACAAAGGUCAUUCUAACCGUCAUCGGCUACAUCCUCAUUCGCCCCUACAUCGAAGCCUUCUUUAAGAAAAUGCACGAGCGCGAUCGCAAGAAGCAGCAGGAAAAGGAGCGCGCGGAGAGAAAGAAGGCCCGCGCUAAGGUCUCACCUAAUGCGCUGAGAGGCGGUGCUACUGAGGGCGAGGGUAAGGUGUUGGGAGAGGUUGAGAAUACGGACGACGAGGUGGAUGAUGCCGAGAAUGAAGAAAACGCUGAGGACUUUGCGACUGCGAGUGGAGUGCCGGAGUGGGGUAAGAAUGCCAGAAAGAGGGCUAAAAAGCAUGCGAAGAAGCUGGAGAAGGAGGCUGAAGAGACGAAGGGUCCCAAGUUGACAGAGGAGCAGAUCAAGGAGCUUUUGGACUGGAGUGAGUCGGAGGAUGAGAAGAAGGCUUAA